AUGCUUUCUUACACAUGGGACGACAACCGGGAUAAUAAAGAUCUCCGUACCAACCUUUUCAGGGGUCUGUCGCAAGUACUACUAGCGCUCGCCAGAGUCCCUGUUCCCCGAAUUGGCUCCUUUACUAUUAAUGAAAACGGCUUCCUAGUUCUGAACAAUAGACCACUCUCAUUGGAACUCCACCAGCUAGAGAGUGAGCAGAUUCCAGUGGACAUUUCUCGGAACAUGACAUAUUCAUCAGUUGACUCUUAUGUGACUGACACGCUUGCUUUCCAUGACAGCCGGCUGCAUUAUCAACCAAAUGCUGUCAAUGAUAUAUUUGAUGGUGCCUAUCAAGCACCUGCUUUGACUGUCAUGAAGGCCACAGCCUCGCAUUUCUUCAGCCGUGACCUCCGUCACGGUCCUUUUGUCUAUGUAUUGAAUGAUAUACAUCAGAGCAAUAUUCUGGUUGAUGAGAACUGGAAUAUCACAUGCCUCAUUGAUUUGGAGUGGGCAUGCGCUCGACCAAUUGAAAUGCUGCAUCCUCCUCACUGGCUUACUAGCCAGAGUGUUGAUACAAUUGAUCUUGAUCUCUUCACUCCGCUGCAUCAGGAAUUUGUUGACAUUCUCGAGGGACAGGAGAGUGAUGAUGAGGACAUGUCAAUCUCUGCCCUCAUGAAACGAGGAUGGCAUAACAAGGCAUUUUGGUUUUCAUUAGCCCUCAUGAGCCCAACAGGCAUUUUUGCACUAUUUCACGAUCACAUCCGGCCACGAUUCACAGACCAUGAGAAUGAGAAGGGCUACUUCCAAGCAGUCUUGAAGCAUUACUGGACACCUGGCAUGGAAGCUUUCUUGACAAGGAAAGUGGAAGAGAAAAUAGCAUAUGAUAAGAAACUUCGAGCAGAGUUUGAUGUUGAAGUCACAGGAUAA